AUGGCGUCCACACAGGAUCAAUCGCGGUGCAAAAGGCUUGUUCUCGACGCCGGUCCACUGCUUUUCCUAUCUCCUCUGCGCGGAUUGGCCGAUAUGUACCUUACGGUUCCUCAAGUUCUUGCCGAAUUAAGAGAUAGUCGCGCGCGAGAGCAUUUCGAGCGUCUAGGGUUGAUAUCUGGGGUCAAGGUUGAAGUUCGAUCACCGGAUGCAGCAAGUGUGGCUCACGUGAUUCAAUGGGCAAAGAAAACAGGCGAUUAUACCGUCCUUUCACAUCCCGACAUAUGUAUUCUUGCCCUCACCCACGCAUUGAGUCAAGAGGACAAGAAGGCGAACGAGGAGGCGAACGAGAAAGAGACACAGACUGAAACGGCAAGUAACCCGCGAUUCUCUACGUCGUUCAACGAAGACACCGCGAGUGUGACCGUCGAAUAUUUGGUGGAAGGACUGGAACACACAUCCCUGGAAGCCAAUGGCCCACAGCAAGACACCAAAAUUACUCCUCAAGAUAUACCUGAAGAUCAAACUACACAUUCCAUCGAACGAGAACCUCUGGAGCCAUUAAACGUUGAACUCACGCCUGUAAAAAACGAAGGGCCUUCGAGAGGGCCUACCUCUGCCCGGCGACCAUCACCCACCCCAAUCUACAACGAUCCCUCCGACGAGGACGACGGAGAAGGCGAAUGGAUAACGCCUUCCAAUGUCGGAAUUCACAAGUCUCGUGCUCUCGAUUUGCUUCCUGAAGAUGGCUCAGGACGCAGGGGCAAAAAGAAGGCGCAGCCUGUCGAUUCGGGUUGCAUGACGGCCGACUUUGCGAUGCAGAACGUUCUUCUCCAGAUGGGACUCAAUCUCGUUGGUCUUGAAGGAAAGAGAAUCGAGAAGAUUAAAAGUUGGGUUCUACGUUGCCAUGCCUGCUUCAAGAUCUGCAAAGACAAUUCAAAGAAGUUCUGCCCAUCCUGUGGUAAUGCGACUUUGUUGAGAGCAUCGGUAACAGUUGCAGCUCCAAACGCGGACCCAAAUGCCCCUGCGAUGCAAGUCCAUCUAAAACCCAAUUUCCAAUACAAAAUCCGUGGCACGAAGUACUCAAUUCCAGCACCAAAACCAGGAUCUGCGAAAACGGGGCCUGGGACAGGUCUCGUAUUGCGUGAAGACCAAAUUGAAUACAUACGGGCGAAGAAGCGGGCAGAUGGAAAGCGCGAACGGGAAGAGGAGAGGCUUUCCAAAGGAAUCCUAAACAUAGGUCUAGAUAGCAGAGGCGAAACCGCAGGCGUCAGCAGUUGGAUGGAUCCUGACUGGAUACCUGAAAUAAUCAGCGUGGGAUCAGGUGGCAAAGGGAGAACGAUGCGCGAUUCAAGGAUGGACGGCGAUAUGCCUCAAAUUGGAUACGGAAGAAAAAAUCCGAAUGAAAAAAGGAGGAAGAAAUAG